GACAAAAAGACAAAAUAAAUAAAUAAAUAUCAGUCACAAUUUUUAAAAGCAGAUUAGAUUACAUAUUUAUUUUUAUUAUAAAAUCAUUUUGAGAUUUUUAAUGAUUUAUUUCAUUGUUCAUUCGCCUAUGAAUUUACAAUGAAGUUAUACUUUCAUAGAGAUUCCCCUUUUAAAAGGUUUAUAGAUUUUUUUUUCCUUUACUUUCCUGCAACCAGCCUUCCAAGUUGAUGAGGUGUGCCAAUUCUGAAAAUAUUAUAUGCUCACAAAUCGCUAAAAAAUAAAGUAGAAAACAUGAGCACUCUUCCGCCCUGAGGUCUACCUCAAUCCUUCUGCAGCACGAUCUUCUUAGGAAAGCUUUAGGUUGGCCAAGAAUAAGAUUUUUACCUUCACAAAAAAACAGUGCUGUUGCUAGGUGAUUAUGACAUAGGAUGAGAAACCGCCAAUCAAAGACAAGCCCCAAGAAAUCUGAUUGUGACAUGCCUAUAUAAUUACAAGUGCCCACACGCUCAGGCCCUUCUCCUCUCCACCUGUAACUGAUAAGGAGAACAACAUCUACAAUGGCCAGAUACAUCACCAAAAAGAACAGGUGCUCCAGAGGACAUCGACACCCAAACUCCAGAAAGAAGACAUGUUCCAGCACUGAAUGUGGCCGCAGAAAUUACUCACUCUAUGUAAACAGGGUCCUAAAGGAAGUGGUCCCCCAGAGUGGCAUAUCCUCUCGCACCCUGGACAUGAUGAACACCGUGAUCAACGACAUCUUUGAGCGCAUUUCCAUGGAAGCCAGCAACCUGAUGUAUUUCAGAAACCGUUGCACCCUCACCCCUGAAGAUGUCCAGAAGGCAGUGUAUUUGCUGUUGCCUCGGAAACUAGCUAAGCAUGCAGUGGCUUUUGGAAGUGAUGCUGUCCACAGAUAUGUCCACUCCUAAACUCCAUGUACCAGCUUAAUUAAACCUUGGGGAAAGUAAACCAACUUACUACCCAAAUGAUCAA